CUCUGGGACAGAUGGCUCCCUGGAUCUCGGGUAAUCGGAUCGGGACCGGAGGGUCCCAGGCUUCUCUCCAUCCUUCAGUUCACGCAUUCAUCCAACACGUGUUCCUACUCUGUGCCAAGCGCAGCUGAAGGGCCUGGGUCACUGCAGCAGACAGGCAGAGCUACAGCCCUGGAACUGACGUUCCAGAGGGGCCACACCUGAAGAAGUGAGCAAAUCAGGAAAAGCCAAAGUUUGCUCUCUCGAAGUUCCUUCCGCAGUCUUGCGCUUUUUUUGCACUGGUUGGUUCCUCUCCCAGGAAUGCUCUUCCCGUUCGUCUGCGGGGCUGAAAUGUCACCUCUCAGUGUCACCCGAUCCGGCCACCCGAUUAGACUACUCCAUCAGCUCAAGGGCCUGAACUGACCGCUUCAUUGAAAAUUGCACCAACUCCACCCGCAAGCCUUCUCACCUGGCACUUUUCCCAUUAAAGAACUUCUCGCCUUUCCUGUGCUACUUCGUUUGCUAAUUUGCUGUUGAUCUGUUGUCGGGUCUCUCUUCCUGCAACCCCUAACCAUGGGGUAGGAUUUUGUCUGUUAACUGCACGUGUAAAAACGGCAGCAGGAACUCGGCAAUAUUGGUUGAGUGGAUAGUGACAAAUGCUUUGAAGAAAAUUAAGAAGUCGAGGGCCAAUUUAGAAAGGUGGUCAGGGAAGGCCUCUCCAAUGAGGGGAUAUAUGUACAAGGAGGAGGCACCAGACACGUGAAAAGCUGGGCAAAGGCGUCCUACAGAGGGACAGACGUGCAAUGUCCUGAGGCUGCUCAAGCCCUGAGUGUCUGAUGAACAGAAAGGUGCUCCUGGAGCUGGAGGAAGGCAGGUGCGAGAGGAGGCUUAAGAGUCAAGUAGCAACACGGAUCAGGUUACUCAACGAUAGUUAUGACCUCCCGGUUACGCGCGUUGGGUGGAAGAAUUAAUAACAUACGCACCUCCGAGUUACCCAAAGAGAAAGCUCGAUCGGAAGUCGUCUGCAGCAUACGCUUUUUAGAUGGCUUGGUCCAGACCUUUAAGGUUAACAAACAAGACACUGGCCAGUCGCUGCUGGACAUGGCAUACACCCACCUGGGCGUGACUGAAAAGGAGUAUUUUGGUUUGCAGCAUGGCGGCGACUCGGUGGACUCCCCCAGAUGGCUUGAGUCAAGCAAACCCAUCAGGAAGCAGUUGAAAGGAGGUUUCCCCUGUACCCUGCAUUUUCGAGUAAGAUUUUUUAUACCUGAUCCCAACACACUGCAGCAAGAACAAACCAGGCAUCUGUAUUUCUUACAACUGAAGAUGGAUGUUUGUGAAGGAAGGUUGACCUGCCCUCUGAACUCCGCUGUGGUUCUUGCAUCCUAUGCAGUACAAUCUCAUUUCGGAGACUUUGAUUCUUCCGUACAUCAUCCAGGCUACCUUGCUGACAGCCAGUUUAUUCCAGAUCAAAACGAUGACUUUUUAACCAAGGUGGAGUCUCUGCACGAGCAGCACAGUGGGCUGAAGCAGUCGGAAGCCGAGUCCUGCUACAUCAACAUAGCCCGGACCCUCGACUUCUACGGGGUGGAGCUGCACGGCGGCAGAGAUCUGCAUAAUUUAGAUCUAAUGAUUGGAAUUGCUUCAGCGGGCAUUGCUGUGUACCGAAAAUACAUUUGCACAAGUUUCUAUCCUUGGGUGAACAUUCUCAAAAUUUCUUUCAAAAGGAAAAAGUUCUUCAUACAUCAGCGACAAAAACAGACGGAAUCCAGGGAACAUAUCGUGGCCUUCAACAUGCUAAAUUACCGGUCUUGCAAAAACUUGUGGAAAUCCUGUGUCGAGCACCAUACGUUCUUUCAGGCAAAGAAGUUACUACCUCAGGAAAAGAAUGUUCUGCCUCAGUACUGGACUCUGGGCUCCAGGAACCCCAAAAAGUCUGUAAAUAACCAAUAUUGCAAAAAGGUGAUUGGAGGAAUGGUGUGGAACCCUGCCAUGCGGAGGUCCUUAUCAGUGGAGCAUCUAGAAACCAAGAGCCUGCCUUCCCGGUCCCCUCCUAUCACCCCCAACUGGCGAAGUCCUCGGCUCCGGCACGAGAUCAGGAAGCCCCGCCACUCCUCUGCUGAUAACUUGGCGAAUGAGAUGACGUACAUCACGGAAACUGAAGACGUGUUCUACACCUACAAGGGCUCCCUGUCCCCCAAAGACAGCGAUUCCGAAGUUUCUCAGAACCGCAGCCCACACCGAGAGAGCCUAUCCGAGAGCAAUCCAGCACAAAGCUGCCGGACCCAGAAGUCAUCCAGUUCUGUGUCUCCAUCUUCAAAUGCUCCAGGCUCCUGCUCACCUGAUGGGGUCGACCAGCAGUUUUUGGAGGACUACAACAGGGUGACCAAGGGAGGGUCCACCGAGGACGCCAGCCAGUACUACUGUGACAAGAAUGAUAAUGGUGACAGCUACUUAGUCUUGGUCCGUAUCACACCGGAUGAAGAUGGAAAAUUUGGAUUUAAUCUUAAGGGUGGAGUGGAUCAGAAGAUGCCUCUUGUGGUCUCAAGGAUCAACCCCGAGUCACCUGCGGACACCUGCAUUCCCAAGCUGAACGAAGGGGAUCAGAUCGUGUUGAUCAAUGGCCGGGACAUCUCCGAGCACACCCACGACCAGGUGGUGAUGUUCAUCAAAGCCAGCCGGGAGUCCCACUCGAGGGAGCUGGCCCUGGUGAUCAGGAGGAAAGCUGUCCACUCAUUCACCGAGAUCAAAUCUGAAGAUGAACUGAACCAGCUUUUCCCAGAAACCAUUUUCCCCAUGUGUCCGGAGGGUGGGGACACUUUGGAGGGAUCCAUGGAACUGCUAAAAAAAGGCCUGGAAAGCGGGACGGUGCUGAUCCAGUUUGAGGUAAGAGGCUGCCCAGGCCACGCCACGCACCUGCGAGGCCACCCUGCUACCCCUGAGGUGGAAACCUAUCAGGACCUUGCCCCCUAUGACACCACCCGGGUAUUAUUGCAGGGAAAUGAAGAUUAUAUUAAUGCAAGUUAUGUGAAUAUGGAAAUUCCUGCUGCUAACCUUGUGAACAAGUACAUUGCCACUCAGGGACCCCUGCCACAUACCUGUGCACAAUUUUGGCAAGUCGUCUGGGAUCAGAAGUUAUCUCUAAUAGUCAUGUUGACAACUCUCACAGAGCGAGGGCGGACCAAAUGUCACCAGUACUGGCCCGACCCCCCUGAUGUCAUGGACCACGGCAUCUUUCAUAUCCAGUGUCAGACAGAGGACUGCACCAUCGCCUAUGUGUCCCGAGAAAUGCUGGUCACAAACACAGAGACCGGGGAAGAGCACACAGUGACACACCUCCAGUAUGUCGCAUGGCCCGACCACGGUGUGCCCGAUGACUCCUCGGACUUUCUGGAGUUUGUGACCUACGUGAGGUCCCUGCGGGUGGACGGGGAGCCCAUCUUGGUUCACUGCAGUGCUGGAAUAGGUCGGACUGGCGUGUUGGUCACUAUGGAAACAGCCAUGUGCUUAAUUGAGAGAAACUUGCCUGUUUACCCCCUGGAUAUUGUCCGGAAAAUGAGAGAGCAGCGCGCCAUGAUGGUGCAGACAUCCAGCCAGUACAAGUUCGUGUGUGAAGCGAUUCUUCGCGUGUAUGAAGAAGGCUUAGUCCAGAUGCUGGAUCCCAGUUAGGACGACUGUGAAGCGUUCCUCCCUCGUUCCCGAGGGCAUCUUCCCUAGGAGAGCAGGACACACCUUCCCCCAGAGGCGGGGAGAGGAACCGCCAGCUGUGGGGAAGGGAUGAGCACAUUUGAACCCAGGCACUUUAAAUUUUCUAGGAAAGGGAUCCUGUACACAGGAACUGGUGUAGAUAUGCAUGCAACUGUGGCUUCCUUUAGGCCCAGAGAGAAAUAAAAAGGGAUCCCAGUUUGGACCUUCCUCCCCAGACAUCACCACCCCACUGUUGGCCACCCUUGUCCAUACAAAAGGGGCCGGCAGCCGUGCUCCUGACCUCCCCAGAAGCUGGACAGCAUGGUUCUUCAAGGCUGCGUGGUGUUCUGUGUGUUGAUCUGGGUAGGACUCCGAGGGCUGAGCUUCCUGUGCGUCCAGGCAGGGCUGGAGCAAUGCACAGUCCCACCCCGGUGCCAAGGAAGCCCUGGUGAACGUCCCACACACCGGGCGGUGGCCAUUCAGGCUGAAGGACAAGCAGCGCCCUGCCUUUGUCUCAGCUCCAUGCCCCUUGCGAUCUGCGAUCUGCAAAGCACCCCCGCCCCCCGCCCCUCCAUCGUCCCCCUUCAGGUUCAUAUCCAGUGCCUGAACCAGAUUAGUAAUGUACGUGCAGGCGAAUUUCCAACCGAGACUGAGAACUCCACGCUCGCUCGGCGUGAUCCCGACUCUUAGCGUUAGAGACAGGUGUGUGUCAGCUCUGCUUGCCUCAUCCUGGAUUCACGGACACCAGGACCGGGACCCCUGACUACUGAAUCUCGUACAUGGACUGCUGCUACUCCAAGCUCUUACACUUGAAGAGACAUGUUCCCCCGAGGGGGACAGGAUCAUAGCAUCGAAAUAUUCUUUGGGCCUUCUCAGAAAAGACCUGCUCAUAGGUGACUGCGGGAAACCCUGCUUGCCAGGAGCCCCUGUUGGCAUGUGUGCCUGCACGUGCGCCCCGUGGAGGUUGCUCAGGAUUCCUGACUCGAUUCAAAUUACCGUGGAGUUUAUAUAAAGAAUGAGUCUCUGUACCGAAGAACAAACGUGUGCAUUCACCCUCAGUUGCAGCGGUCUCCGUUUCAUUUCAGAGGAGAGGAUCAGACUAUCUGAAUAUAAACCCAAUUUGAUGUUAAUUUAUUCUAAGUACCCCCUGAUUUUGAUUGUCCUAAAGAAUUCUGCCUCUGUGAAUACUGUGUUCAAUUUUUUUUUUUUUUAAUUUGUGGACAGGACUGUAGCAAGUUACUAUUUAAGGAAAAUAAAUUACAUAAACAUUUUAAUGUGGUAUUUUUAAAUAGCAGUUGUUGUGUAUCCAAAAGAGGAAGCUAAGCCAGUUUCUUAACGGUGUUUAUAGAAAAAGGAUGCUUUCCUAUUGUAGCCCACAGAGAUGAGGCCGUUUUGAUAUCAGGAAACCCUGGACCAAUGGAAUUGCUCACCUGGUUGCAUGAUGGAUAGGGACCUAUCCAUAGGGGACCAGGUUUCUAAAGAUUCUUUCAUCUUGCAUCCUUCCUGUCUCUUCCCCAUGCAUAUUUUACUGCUAUCUGGCAUGGGUGGGAGGAGGUGGCGCCAGCACCCUAACCCUGUGCUGUGGAGCUGAGGGCGGGAGCCUGGCUCCUUUUGCCACUCAGCCCUCUCUUACCCGCUCUCAGUCUAGGCACUUAGGAGCUGUGCUUCUAGCUCCCCUGUUUUUCUCAUCUGUGAAAUGAGAGAGACAGUACCCACGACUCCAGAUUGAAUGUGAGCCUUGAAUGAGCUCCUGCCAUCAGUGUGACUUUUCAUUGGUUGGAAUGUCAACGGACACCAUGAUGGAAAGUGUCCUUCUCUGUGAUGAGCCCAAAACACAUCCAGCAAGUGGAACCCAGUGGCUUUCUAUAAGGAGGGGGAAAAAAAAAGUUCUUCCAAAAGGACAAAGCAAGACUACAAAGGAACAAACCUAUUCAAUCUGGACACAGAAAAAUUCUCUGAGCAAAACACAGAAAAAGAAGGAGGGCAUGCAGGGUCCAUUUAAAUGCCAUCAGGAUAUUUAGCACACCGUUGCCGCCGGAUAAAACGGAACGUCGCCCUGUGCGCAAACAUCCUGGAGAAGCCUAAAUACCUUCCGAGAUUUGUGUUCCAUUGUUUUUUUAAACCAAGCAUUGAAUAUGAGUGCAGAAAUGCUGCCACCCUGGGUCCCUACAUUUCUAGAAAUCUAGCCGGAGGUUGCAGCCAGCCUUUCUCGGCCACCGUGCAGGCGCGCAGCUCAGACCAGCCCGUUGCCAGGAACAAAAUUCAUGAACUCCUUUGAAGAAGAUGAUCUGAAGACAAGAAAAUGAUCUAAAGAAGCAGCACAUGCAAGUGAAGCCUGCAGAGACAGCAAAGUAAGAUCCACAGCUCGAGCUCCCAGCCUCCCCCCUUCCACCCGUCAGCAGUUAUUCUUACAAGGCCUUAUUUUCCUCCUAAGAGCAGCAUGGGAAUCGGUGAAUAUUUGGUCUGGGAAAUUUGGCUAGAUGAGAAUGGAGAAGACAUUUAUUUCCUAUGUUCUGGGGCUUUCCGGAAGGCCUAAUUAGACCCACUGAUGUGCCUGAUUUACUGACUUCAUGGGCGUCACUCUAGAACCUGCACUUGGUGGUUUGACUCCCCAGAGGAAAAGACCUGCAUCACUUUGGUUGCAGGUGGGACGUCAGGAUGGCUCCAUACCAACUUGCGCCAGCCCCUAGCUUCCUGCCGUGGCGAUUCGUACUGAAAUGCGAUUCUAGGUCAGCGCCGAAGCUAUUGCUCCUGUGUUGCUGGUUGGGCUUUUUUGUCUUCCUCAGAAAUGAUCAUCUGGGGAAAGCCACAGUUCUCUUCAUCGCGAAGAGGCAGCAGCCAUCGGGGAGGAUCCAGAGACGCGGGCUCCGUCCAGACCUGGACGCGGGCAGAGCACAGUGGCCCUCGGUUUCCUUUGAGUUAGAAGGGGACAGUGGGCUGGACUAGGUGGGCUCAAGAUUUGCCGUCCUGAGAGUCUGAUCUUCCAGAGGAGUGAAAUUGUUCUUUAACCAAAAUGUGUAGCUCCCAGAGACACAUGUGUCCCAAUUCCGUGACUUGUCCCCACGAGGUUGUCCCUCAGACCCUGGCACUGUCGGAUGUAGAGACGGGGGUCGCUGCCCUCUGGUUCUCGCCUGUCAUCCUAGGCCGAGAGCAGCCUCAGCUUCACUGGCAAAGCAUCUGUGGCCUCAGCCUGGGGAACCAAACCCGGGAGCCAGAUGCCCGGCUCUCCUGCCAUCUUGGUGGCUCCCGUUCUGUUCAGAGCAACCAAAGGAUCAUGUUAAGCCAUGUUGUUUUGAAAAGCAUCUUAAUUGAUCAGCAAUAUUUUUUUUUCUGUAAGUUGGGGAUGUUUUUCAUACUGACCUGUACUGUCAGCCACGACUCUACUGAAAGCUGUUUGAUCAAUAUAAAAGCGUUCAAGCUAUGCAGCAAUGUGA